AACAGCUCCGGAGAGAAGGGCAGGGAGGGGGUGAGGGGGAUGAGCGCGACCCUGCACUUCCAGAGGAACAAAUGGUAUUAAUCGGUAGAAAGAAAGAAAAAAAAAGAAGUGGGCUGCUCAUCGUGGCGGAGCGACGGGCUCUCGCGCGUGAAAGAGAUAAGGCAUCGUCGCGUCAUCUCUGGAUUCAAAAUCGCCCUAACUCCGCGGGAUUGUCGUCGUGCGUCGCUCGCGCUCGGGUGGAUAUCGGGGCGAAUACUCGGCGCGAGAUACGGGGAUUCCUGGCGAGGCGAAAACUCGGCGAUUUUUCGGAGCGACCGGAGCGGCUGAAUUCCAGAGACCCUCUGAUCAGAGUCUGGAAUUCGUAUACCCGCGGUAUACAGCGUCCGAUUGGUUCGCCAUGUUUAAAAAUGGCCUUUAGAACCAGAGGAUCAUCGCUAGACCGUCAUCGGGGUCAAGCAACGUUGAGUAAUGGUUAAAACUUGAAUGGGCGACCGCGGUUAUUCGCAACACAGUCGCGAAAUGAAUAAGUAUUCGAAUUAACGUUGUUAUGGUGUUAUAUUAAUGUUCAUACUAAACUUUACUUUAUAGUUGCUUUCAUUUUUUGAGAAACGUUACGUCAUAUAUUGACGCAAGUUUGACGUCAUUCGAUGACGUCAUUUUGCUAUGACAAAUUGCCGUCAGUGUAAGGUCAUUUAGGCGUCAUACUGACUAUAUCAGUUUGAGUGCUGACGAAAAUGUGCCUACAAAGUGCAAUUUAGAUAAGAGAAACUUGAACCGUGUUGUCUGGGAUAUUUUUCAACAUUCGUAUCAGAGGAAACAAACAAUAUGUUAAUCGCCUACAAAACUUGAGUCGGGUUAAAUAUAUCAGGCUAUUGCGGGAUUUGACCGAUCUUCUUCGAGUACCCUCGCGCUGUAAGUCUCCUCGCGACUUCUCUUGCCGGAUGUGUUUCUCCUGUACAUCCUCUGGCUCGUUAAAGCCAUGGCGAGUUCAUCCGUUUUGCCCGACAAUGUACAGAGGCACAACGUGGGGUAUUUCGUCGAUGAGUUCGAGUGCGAGCUGGAGAACAUGUCCGGGAGGUGCAUAAGCAUCGGUGCUGGCACAGGCGAGAUAACAAAGGACAUUCUUCUACCGGCUCUUAAGCGAGAUGCGGUGAUGACAGGUACGGACGCUUCCAAGAGCAUGGUCGAGUACGCGAACAGGUUCCAUAGUGUCGACGGGGUGCUUAAUUUCAAGACGUUCGACAUCGAAACGAGCGAGCUGCCCGAGAAGUACGUCGCCGAGUUCGACCACGUGUUCUCGUUCCCCGCCUUGCACUUCUGCACCGACGUUCGACGGGGAUUGGAGAACAUUUACAGGAUGCUUCGACCCGGCGGAACUUUCCUCAUGCUAUGGAUAUCGUCUCACAACAUAUUUAAGGUUCUCGAGGACAUGGCAGAGUACAAGUGCUUCGCGUCGUAUUUAUACAAGUACACCGCGCCGUUUCCAGACUCGAAGAUGCCUCAGGUGGAGCUGAAGGAGUUGCUCAGAAGCAUCGGGUUUCAGGUUCGACAUUGCAGUAACCGGGAGAUGAGCCUCGUCGGCAAGAAGCCGAGCGAUUUUCUGUCCACUGUCAUGUCCAGCUUUCCAUUUCUGCACGAGAUGCCAGCCGGCGGAGCGAAGUACUUCAAGCAAGAGUUCAUACACGAGUACAUGAAGAAAAGCGAAGUCCUGCAGAAACGCGAGCUGACGGUGGACUUGUACAAAGUAUUGAUGGUACACGCAGAAAAACGAGUAUUAUAGAGUCGAUAAUUUUAAGCAGAACCGGGACUAGACACUUUGGCGCUCAAGGCCAAGGGAAAAAGUGCGCCCUUCAGUAACAAAAAAUUUCUUUUACGGCGUAUAAAAUGUAAUAAAAGUAACUUUAAUUAGUUAUAUUUAAUAUACAAAUAUUAAUAUUACGAGAACAAUUGCCAUUUUUGCGCCCCUAGAAAUCUUUUAUAUGAGGCAAGUGCCUCGUUCGCCACACCCUAGUCCCGGCUCUGACUUUAGUAUGUAAUAUUGUGCUGGAUGGUUGUGUACGAAUGAUCUAAGUUAUUUAUAACUCAUUAUCACCGACUUGUGCAAAUGAUUAGUCAAAUUAUAUAACAUUGUACAUAUAUCUUUUGUUGCCUGAGACGGAUUAGAGAUAAGAGAAAAUUUAGAUGCUGUUGUAUUCAGAGAUGGGUAUAGACGAUAAGUUUUCGUUUCUCUUGAUAUACGUUUGAUGAAAAGAUAAGAGGACGAGGAUGAGGACGCGCUCGUAUGUAUUUAUUGUACAUUACGUAUAUAUUAUAACUACGCUUUGAGAUAAUAUAUUUAUUUCUUAUUAA